ACAGCAAAGCACUUACAAUCAACUCAGCUUAAGUGAUUUUCAGCUUCUGGUUGGGCUUCUGGCCACAAGAGAACAGCACCAUGACUGUGACCUUCUUCUCCCGACUAGAUCUCCAGGAGGGUCUCCAGACCCUCUCUGUUUUGCAGUGGAUCCCAAGCUACAUCAUUUUAGGGGCUAUUCCCAUUCUGCUCAUACCCUACUUUCUGGUGUUCACCAAGUUCUGGUCGGCGUCUGUGCUCGCGUUGGCCUGGCUCGUCUACGACUGGAACACCCACAGUCAAGGCGGCAGGCGUUCUGCUUGGGUACGGAACUGGACCCUCUGGAAGUAUUUCCGAAAUUACUUCCCAGUAAAGCUAGUGAAGACUCACGACCUGUCUCCCAAACACAACUACAUCAUUGCCAACCACCCGCAUGGCAUUGUCUCUUAUGGUGCCUUCAUCAACUUCGCCACUGAGGCCACUGGCUUCACUCAGAUGUUCCCAUCCAUCAGUCCCUCUCUAGCAACCUUGGAAGGAAUCUUCUGGAUCCCCAUUGUGCGUGAUUAUGUGAUGUCAAUGGGUUUGUGCCCAGUGAGUAAGUUGGCCUUGAAUUACUUGCUGACCCAAAAAGGCUCAGGUAAUGCUGUGAUUAUUGUGGUGGGUGGAGCUACAGAAGCCCUCUUGAGCAAACCAGGAACCUCCAUCAUCUUCCUCAAAGAACGGAAAGGUUUUGUGAAGUUGGCACUGAAGACAGGGGCCUAUCUUGUCCCUUCCUAUACCUUUGGGGAGAAUGAGGUCCACAAUCAGACGACCUUCCCUGAGGGCACAUGGAUAAGGAUCUUCCAGAAACACUUCCAGAACAUAGGCAAAAGAAUCCUGGGGAUUAACUUCUGUACCUUCCACGGCCGAGGCCUCACUCGUGGGUCCUGGGGCUUUCUGCCUUUCAAUCGACCUGUUACCACUGUCGUUGGGGAGCCCCUGCCAGUCCCCAGGAUUAACAGACCCAGCAAGGAGGUGGUAGACAAGUACCAUGCACUCUACAUCCGCGCCCUGCACAAGCUGUUUGACCAGCACAAAGUUGAAUAUGGCGUCCCUGAGACCCAGGAGCUGACAGUCAUUUAACAGGAGCCAAAGUCCCCAUAAGCAAACCCCAUAAACCAUGGGGGAUUUCAAGUAGAGCCACAGGGAAAGAAGAAUUUAGAGAGAGGAGAGGAGAUCAAGGAUGGGAGGGGAAGCCAGACAAGCCAGAUACUACUCAAUGAGUCAGGGUUCCAACAGUGACAUCCCCUCUCAAGUGCCCAGAGCAGGUUUGAGGGACAGAACCAAAGGGGCAGAGGAGGACUGGGGAGGACUGGUUAGCAGAGGAAGCUGCUCUAUGAUCCCUGCUUAUUUUAGGGCUACAAACCAGGUUGGGAGUCUUUUGAGUCACUCCAGCCAACUGUCAGAUCUGAGUAAUGAUAGACACUGUGCCCCUUCUCCUCUGAGCCUUAGCGGAUCCAACACUGAUGAGGUUUAGGAUUGAAAGCUUUGUUUAGAAGAAGGAUGCCUUGUUUCCUCCAAGUCCUGUUACUUAUCAUUUGGGGGCUGCUACAAGGUAAACCAGGGACCUGAACCAUGGUUUCCUGAUCCAAGCACACAGGACUCCCUCAGUUAUGACAGAGUUCUAGUCUGGCUGUUUCUUCUAUAAAAAUAAAGUUCUGGAUGCAUAAAACAAGACAUAA